UACGCUUUGUAUAAAUCUGUGCGAAUUAUGUUUGGUUGUAUUUUGUUGUUUCAAAGUGAACCGCGUGGAAACGGACAAGAAGUAGUACGAAGUGACGUUGUUUGACGCUCGGUAGCGUUAGCCAAGUGUGCGACAGGUUAUUUGUCUCAACACAGCAGAAGCAGCCAUGACAUCUAUUGCCACCAAAUUGGGUUUCAAAUCGAGCAGCUCGUCCUCCAAGGCUGAGCUGGAGCUGGAGAGGGUCCGGAAGGAAAAUGCUCACCUCCGGAAAAAGAUGGACGAACUGGCCAAACGACAUAUCAAGCCACCCGACUCGGACAAAAGCAAGCUCCUAGAGAGGAUUCUGUCCCUGGAGACGCUGCGAGAGAGGAACAAUCAGCAGCUGCUGGUUAAAGAGCAGGAACUAGAAACACUGAGACAGCAGCUGUCAGCUAGAGGAGGGGAGGUGGUGGCAUCACUGCAGGCCCAGUUGGAGCAGCGGAAGAAGGAGGCAGAGCAGAGAGAUGGGUUGUUCCAGAGCCUCUCGCAGGAGACGGAGAACCUGAAAAACAAGCUGACUACUGUUUCUGCUCGUUGCCAGGCCUUGGAAGCACAGGCUGCGAAUGGUGGUCAGGUACCUCCUGCAGACUUGGCGGUGGUCCAGGAUCAGCUAAGAGAUGCUCUUGAGAAGAACCAGCAGUGGCUGGUGUACGAUCAGCAGAGAGAGAGCUACGUCCAGGCCAUCCUGGCCCGCACACUGGAGCUGGAACAGCAGCUGGCCCAGGCCAACCAGGCACUGCAGCAGCAACCAAAACAAUCCUCAGAUGCUGCAGCCCCAUUUCCGUCAGCAGUUCCACAGAAGAGUGCUGCUCAACUUCAGGAGAAGUACGACCAGCUGCUGUUGGGGGUACAGAAAGACCUGGAGAGCCAAAGAGAUCAGGCUGUCAAGGCCCAACAGGAGCUUCAAGUGCAGAAGGAACAGACAUCCAGGGCCGAGGCUGAGCUGCACUCUGAGAAGGAGUGGGUCAUCAGGCUCCAGGACGAGAUGGCAGCACUGCAGAGGAAGCAUGAGGACAGAUGCAGGGAGCUACUGUCUCUCCAGAGGAGGUAUGAGGACAAGAGUAUGGAGGUGGAGGAGGCAAAGGAGCAGCUGCAGGCAGAGCGAGCCAACAACAGACAUGUGGUGCGUGAGGAGAGGAAGGUGUCGUCUGAGCGAGGAGACAGGAUGAGAGUGGAACUCGAUAGCAUGAAUGUCAGACUGGAGGAGGAGAGGAAAAGAUCUGCUGAGCUUCUCCUGCAGGUGAAUCUGCUCCAGAAGUCUCUGCUAAAUCAAAACGAGGAGCAGAGGAGAAUAGCAGCAAUGGAGCAACAGAUCCAACUUUCUGCCAAGGACUUUGAGAAUGAGAAGAUUGAUCGUCAGAGCAUGCAACACCAAUUGCAUAAGGUGUUGAAGGAGCUUCGCAAGGCCCGUGAUCAGAUUGCAAGACUGGAGUCUGCUAAACAGUCAAACACUCGCUUCUCAGAGCCCAGCUCCUUCAAUGACCUGGAGCGGCUCACUAUCAGGGACCCUCCUGGACCCACAUCCCCCUCCAAAGUUGCCAACCUCUUGGAUGAGAGCUUCCUGGAAUGCCCAAAGUGCCGCGCCCCCUACCCGACCAGCCAGCACAGAGAGCUGCUGGCUCACAUUGACUACUGCUUCGCCUGAGCUGGAUGAGGUUUUUAGAUCAUCGGCUUCUUUUUUUUUUUUUUCUUUCCUACAAAAACACUCCAUCCAAGUUCUACCUUUUGCAUAACAUUCUUCUGCAUGUGUAAACAUGAUUAUACAUGGGCAGUGUUUUAAAGCAAUGGAAAUCAGCAAUGUUGACCUCCAAGAAGGAAUGGGCCCUUUGCUGUUUUUAUAAUACAUUGAGGUAUAAAUAGAAGUAUUUAAAGGACAAAAGCAUUGUGGGGAAAAUUAACCUCAGGGGAUGUUUAUAUUUUUAGCUUUUUGUGUUCCUGAUCUAUCAUGAUUGUUGAUAAAACUGUCUGUCCAAGUUGGCUAUCAUGUGGUGUUUAUUAUGUCCCUAAUGUCCCUAAUAUGUCUGCCCUGACUUUGCAAGCCUGCAGUCCUGUAAGGCUGGAAUGAGAUUGCAUGAGUUAAAUCCUUGUAUUAAACUAUUUAAGGAAGGGGAUUAGUGAAGGUCCUCUUUGGUAGGGGAAAAGGGGUUAAGGUGCAUUUAUUCCUGCCGACCUGGCAAUGUGACUAGAUUGACUUAGCAGGACACACAGUUGCCAGAGACACUGCCAUUACUGUUGUUUUCAUACAUUAUUGAUGUUUGGUUUUGACUCAGCCUACCUGUCUUUUUAAAGCAAAAUAUCUCUGUUGAAUAUUUUUAUAUCAAAUAUUUGUGUAUUUUAAAUGUUUUAUUAUCAAUUGGAUAUACAUAAGGGUGACCUACUGACAUUUUGGUUUGUGUGUUUGAUCUUUUCUUCUUAUUAUUAUUAUUCUGAGCGCGCUCCAAAGUUGUUUUGCUGUCCACUGUACUGUACAAAAAUGUGCAAUAAAGACGUAAAUGUCCUGUCCUCACA